GCGGGCAGGCCAGAAGCAGAGCAGAGCAGAGGAGAGGAACCCCCCAAAUUUGACGGACGCAUUCCGCCCCUCCUCCGCUCCCCCCACCCAAAGCUUCCAAAUCAAACCAACCCAGCCACGGGACGGACAGCGAGCGAGCGCUCCAAUCCAAAGCAAGGAAGGAAACCUGCCCGCCCCGACCCCGACCCCGAUCGAUCCCGGCCCCAAAACUUGCCAUACUCGCCGCCAGGCCGCCCCGGCGAUCCUUAUUAUUGCCCCGGCGGUUCCGCCCGGGAGAUCGGUCGAGGCUCCGUCUCAAUCUGGGGCCCUCCCCUCCGCUCGUCCUCCUCCUCCUCCUCCUCGUCGGAGGCCUUCGUGCGUUCCCGGACCGGUUGGCCUCUGGCCGCCUGCCGGCGGUCGGUCCACGGCGCCCCGCGGGCGGCGCCAGGUGGACGGACGGACAGGUGGUGCCUGAGAAAGUUGUGUGUGGUGCGUGCAAAAAGAUGAUGAGAUGGGCUUAGGAGCAAGACAGAAACCAGUGGAAACAAAGGCGUAAAGCACCAAACAAAGUCAUCUCUCUGCCUGUCAGUCACCACACCAAGGUGUGUGUGGAAUCCUACAAGAGUGGAGCGGCUUGUUCCUGAAGCCGCAGGGCCAAGGGUGCAGCAGAGAUGCCGAAGAAGGGGCUCAAGAAGCUGCACGCCAAGGAUGCGCUCGACUUCUUCAACCAGGUCAUGGUGGAGCAGCCCCUGCUCCCCUUCCUCAUCCCGCUCGGCCUCUUCGCGUGGUUCGUCGAGCGCUGGGUCGUGCCCUUCUCCAACUGGGUGCCCCUCGCGGCCGCCGUCUGGGCGACCAUUCAGUAUGGGAGGUUUAAACGGAAGAUGGCUGUAGAAGAUUUGAACAAAAGAUGGAAGCACCUUAUACUGAACACAACACCUACCACACCAAUAGAACCUUGCGAGUGGUUGAACAAACUUUUGAUUGAAGUUUGGCCAAACUACAUGGAACCGAAACUAUCAAAGAAGUUCCAAUCUACUGUCGAGAGACGUUUAAAGAACCGAAAACCAAAACUGAUAGAUAAAAUAGAAUUACAGGAAUUCUCGCUCGGUUCUUGCCCACCUACCUUGGGAGAGCAGGGUAUGCGCUGGAUGACUUCAGGUGAACAGCAAGUCAUGUCCUUGGGUUUUGAUUGGCACAGCAAAGAGAUGAGUGUGAUGUUUAUGGCGAAAUUAGCAAAACCUCUGAUGGGCACUGCUCGCAUUGUUAUAAACAGCAUCCACAUCAAGGGAGAUCUUCUACUGAGUCCCAUUCUUGAUGGUGAAGCUGUCCUCUAUUCUUUUGAAUCUACUCCAGAAGUCAGGAUUGGCGUAGCAUUUGGAAGUGGUGGAAGCCAAACAGUUCCUGGUAUGGAGUUACCAGGUGUCUCAACAUGGCUGGUAAAGCUUUUGACUGAAACAAUAGCUAAGACAAUGGUUGAGCCUCGCCGUCUCUGCUUUUCUUUGCCACCAGUAGAUCUGAAGAAACAAGCAGUUGGUGGUGUUCUUUCUGUUACUGUUGUUUCAGCUAGUAAUCUUGGCAGAAAGAGCAGAACUAUUGAGUUAGGGAACAACCAAAGCUCAAGUGGAAACACUACACCUGGGAUUCCUCUUAACAGGAGGGCACAUACAUUUAUUGAGGUAGAAGUUGGCACUUUGACGAGAAAAACAACUACUUGUGAGGGUCCAAAUCCUACAUGGAACAGCACAUUUAACAUGGUGCUGCAUGGAGAGACAGGUGUUGUCAAGUUUCUUCUGUAUGAACUGGAUUCCGAUGGUGUCAAGUAUAAUUACCUAACAAGCUGUGAGAUAAAGGUCAAGUAUGUUUUGGAUGGUUCAACAAUAUUUUGGGCUAUAGGACAUAAUGAUGGUGUGGUUGCAAGGCAUGCUGAGCAUUGUGGGAAAGAAGUUGGAAUGGUGGUUCCAUUUGAGGAGGAUAUCACAGGCGAGUUAACUGUCAGUCUUGUGCUAAAAGAAUGGCAAUUCUCUGAUGGGUCGGUUACAUUGAGUAACUCUCUGAGCAAUGAAUUCCAAUGUUCCAUUGAUGGAUCACCGAAGCUUCAGUCAAGGACAGGAAGGAAGCUCAGAGUCAAAGUAGUGGAGGGUAGGGCCCUUGCAGUAAACAGUAAAUCUGGGAAAUGCGAUCCUUAUGUGAAACUCCAGUAUGGAAAGGCUCUAUACAGAACGAAGACACUCUCUCGUACGGCCCAACCAGUUUGGAAUGACAAGUUUGAAUUUGAUGAGAUUGGUGGUGGUGAAUAUCUGAAGGUCAAAUGCUAUAAUUUAGAUACAUUCAGUGAUGAUAGCAUUGGCAGUGCAAGAGUAAAUCUGGAGGGACUUCUAGAUGGUGCUAGCCGAGAUGUGUGGGUACCUCUUGAAAAAGUAGAUUCAGGAGAGAUCAGGCUCGAAAUAGAGGCAAUACCAAAUGAUCACAACGACAGUCUGAAGAGAUCAAGCAGUAAAGUUGAAGCUGGCUGGAUCGAGCUAGUAAUAAUUGAAGCCAGGGAUCUUGUUGCUGCUGAUCUUAGAGGAACUAGUGAUCCAUAUGUCAGGGUGCAAUAUGGGAACAAGAAGAAGCGAACCAAGGUCAUUUACAAGACGCUGGCUCCAAACUGGAACCAGACAUUUGAGUUUGCGGAAACCGGAGAGCCCAUGAUCCUGCAUGUCAAGGACCAUAACGCGGUCCUUCCAACCGCCAGCAUAGGCAACUGCACCGUUGAAUACAGCAUGCUUUCUCCGAAUCAACCCGCCGACAAAUGGAUACCGCUGCAAGGAGUGCGGAGCGGAGAAAUCCAUGUCAAGAUCACCCGGAGAGUCGCGAACUCGGAAAAGAAAAGCAGCCUGCUGACAGAUGCGUCCGCCCUCGGCAAAGGACACAAGAUAUCUGCACAGAUGAGAGACAGCCUGAAGAAAUGCUCAGGCUUGGUCGACGACGGCGGCGAUGCGGAGGCGCUGUCGCUGGCCCUGACGGAGGUGGAGAGCGUCCAGGACGAGCAGGAUUUGUACAUACAGCAGCUGGAGCGGGAGAAGGCCCUGAUGCUGCAGAAGAUACAUGACCUUGGUUCUGAAAUCGUCAGGACAUCCUCCGGUCCUGCAAGGACCUCCUGCUAGUAAUUAGACCAACAAUUACUGCCCACAAACUAGAUGGCAAGAGUGCUAAUCAUUUUUCGCAGAACUAUAUAAUUAUAUAAUUUAUCAGCGGUUGCUUGUAAGUAAGUAGAUGGGUAGGAAAUCAUGGCGAAAUUAUCACGCCCCGACGCCCUUAAAGUUGUACAAAAACCCUGGAAAACGAGUUGUAAAUUUUCAGAGAGAGUGUGAAAUGACUUGUGGCAUCUCUAGUGCUGAAGCACCAGUAUUUGCAGCUUA